AUGGCUACACAAAUAUUGAUAGGCCAAACCAUGCUGAAAAAUAGAGUGAGUAAAAUGGAGCCUAGAAACGCAGCGGUGAAAUAUAUUCUAUCUUUGGACAGUAGAUGCUGGACAAAGUUGGAAAAACCAUUGAGUAUGGCAAAAGCGAGAAGAAAUAAAACGGAGCCCAAACUCCAGAUAAGUGCAAACUUGCGCGGCCGUAGAGAUAGGAAGGGGAAGAGAAAGAUGCAGAUGGCAUAA